GCGAGCUAUACGUCAAACGUUAGCGGAGUCCGUUUUUAAAAUAUACCGCUUAAUAUUUUAAUUCCCCGUGCCGCUAAGGAAUACUUUGUUAAACACGUUUACUCACUGGAAUUAUCCACGCACAAACAAGGUCAACAAGGAUGCCUUCUGUGAAGUUCCAGAAAGGGGACAUGGUGAUGGGCCGCUGGCCUGGCAGCAGCCUGUAUUAUGAAGUGAAGGUGCUGAACUUUAAUGCCAAAAGUCAGCUCUACACCGUCAUCUACAAAGAUGGAACUGAGCUGGAACUCAAGGAACAAGACAUCAAGAGUACAGUUGGUUUUCAGACCCGUGCUCGUUCCCGCUCCCGUUCCAAAUCACCCGGACGGCGUCGCAGCAGGUCACGCUCACCUGCACGGACCACACGGCGCUCAUCCUCGCGUACAGCAGCGGCUGUGGCUGCUGCAGCUAUAACAGAGAGUGCACCAUCGUCCCGCAGAGAAGCAAAGCUGAAGGAAGCGCUAGAAGUCAGACUCAGUCCCAUUGAUCAGACAAAACCAGCUGAGAACAAUAGCAACAAUAAGCAUGAAAAGAAAGAGGAGAAUAACACUGCUAACAAAGUUAAUGAGGUGGAGGCUGAGCCUGAUAAGAACCAAAGUCGAUACAAUCUGCGUCGUAGGAAGGAUGAUGGAGACGCCAAACAAGAGGAGGUGAAACCAGAGGAGGUGGGGGAGAAGGAAGCCAAACCGGCUGCAGCUCCUGCUGCCAUUCCUACCUCACUGGACUUUGGAGGGAAGAUAGGUAGGCUGAAGAUGGGAGCUUACUUCUGGUUGCUGUUCCUGCCAGCCUGGGUUCUCUUCCUGACUCUCCAAGUAAACCUUAAGGACCCCAGCCUGGCCAACUUCCCUCCUCCUGUGCCCCCUCUUGAAACCUUCUUUGAUGCCCAGGCACUUGGAUUUGUUGUCCUCUGGAUACUAUUCCAGGCCUUGCUCUACGUCCUGCCUGUUGGAAAGCUAAGUGAGGGCAUGCCACUGAGAUCUGGAGAACGACUGAAAUACAGAACCAAUGGGUUCUUUGCCAUCGUGGUGAGUUCUCUAGUGACUGCAGCUGCAGUGUACCAGGGGGUCGACCUAACCUACAUCCACAGCAACUUCCUGCAGCUGGCUGUGGCCUCCUUCCUCGUCUCCGUACUGCUGAGUGUCUACCUGUAUGUUCGUUCCCGCUACGUUGCUCCCGAGCGUCUGGCACUGGGGGGAAACUCUGGAAAUGUGGUGUACGAUUUCUUCAAAGGGCAUGAGCUUAAUCCCCGCAUCAGAGACUUUGACCUGAAGUUUUUCUGUGAGAUGCGCCCUGGUCUGAUUGGCUGGUGCCUGAUCAACUUUGCCAUGGCACUGGCUGAGAUGAAGCAGCAGCAUCUGGAAGCUCCAUCACACUCAAUGAUCCUCGUCAACCUCUUCCAGCUUCUCUAUGUGGUCGACGGCCUCUGGAAUGAGGAGGCCAUUCUGACCACCAUGGACUUGAUGCACGAUGGUUUUGGCUUCAUGUUGGCCUUUGGUGAUCUGGUGUGGGUUCCCUUCACUUACACCCUGCAGGCCUAUUACCUGGUUAGCCAUCCCAAUCCCCUGAGCUUCCCUGCCCUGACAGUUAUCAUCACACUCAAACUUGUGGGCUUCUACAUCUUCAGGAAAUCCAACUCUCAGAAGAACGCUUUCAGGAGGAACCCCUCAGACCCUACACUGUCCCAUCUGAAGACCAUCCCCACAGCUACAGGAAAGAGUCUGCUGGUGUCGGGUUGGUGGGGUGUGGUCCGACACCCCAACUACCUGGGAGACCUUAUCAUGGCUCUGGCCUGGUCCCUGCCUUGUGGCUGUAGCCACCUCCUUCCAUGGUACUACAUGAUCUACUUCAUCAUCCUGCUGGUGCACCGAGACUCCCGCGACAUGAGCGACUGCAGGAGGAAGUAUGGCUCGGCGUGGGACGAGUACUGCCGAACUGUUCGCUACCGGAUCAUUCCCCGCGUCUACUAAGAAGACGGACGGACGGACACUCCAGAGCUGAGGCCUUUUUUGACCCAGAAUUACGGCCCAAAUAAGAGUGGAUUGACUGACUGAUUUGUAUUUGGAUUUUUUAUUCUUUUUAUUUUUCUUGACAAAGAAUUUUUAAAAAUCUUCUGUGGACUGCAGGCGCUGCAGUUCAGUGAUUUUUUUCAUGAGAGAAAAAAAAUGACGCUCAUUGGUGUAACGGACUUUUUGAAGAAUUGCCUUUUUUAAUAAAAAAAAAACACUCAAAAUGUCCUUUUAAAGGUUUACAAAAUGGGGGAGAAAAAGAAAACGCCUCUGCUUAGGAAUGUCUUUUUAGGAUGUAUAUUUUUGUAUAUACACAUUUGUUUUUAUACUGCACGAAGAAUCUUACAGCUUGCAAAGUUUUUGCUAAAUUUGACUGUCUAGCUUCCGUUUUCAAACGUAACAGUACCAGCUUGGCGAUUAUGAAUAAUUUUGUAAGAACCCUUUUACAAUAAUGAACCAGCUUGUGUAUAUUAUGAAGGUUGGGACUGAAAAUGAAUGAAUUGUACAGAGGAUUUAGAACUCGCGUUCUCUCAGGACCAGUCAAAAAGUUGAAUUAGAAGAACUGUCUCAAUAAUUUUGUUGUGUAAAAUGUUCUAGAAGUUUGUAGUUUUGACUUGAAAGUGUGAAAAUGAUUUUGAGAAAAUGCACUAAUGCGUGAUAGGUUUUAUUUUCUUGUAUUUUUGAUUCCAAAGUGUGUUUGAAUUGGCUUUGCUACCUCAGGUUCGCCUCCUCUGUUCCCAGCGGGACACGGUGGCUGUGAUUAUGAGUGUGACGUCAAUGCUUAUCAAAUCAAAACCAGCCACAUUCGACUGCUUCACCACAGUCUGUGGCACCCAUCCUCAUGUUCAAAACUCCCAGGUUCAUUUUAUUUUCAGCGUUUUAAACUCUGAGCUUUUGUUUCUGCUCGUUUCUGAAGUGAUUUUUAUUAUUGUGAAUUUCUUUAUUGAUAAUCUCCACUGCCACAUGAAUAACCUCGUUCAGCUUUAAUUUCCCAGAUCAUAUGACAAUUUAAAGUUCAUACUGUGACAACAUGCAGGGCUCUUGAUUGAUUUAGCAUUUACAACCUCUGCUAUUACAAGUAUUUCUACGCAUGUGCAGCUCUAGAAGAGAACCGAAGUAGCAAUAUAUAAACUAGACCACGUAGCAUUUGUUUUUAUGCUGUGCUGACUGAAUAACAUGUAAAUAGUUUGUUUUUAAUCAUGUUAUUUUCAGAAGAAGUAGUGAUCAUAGUAAUGUUCCUCUUUAGAUAUUUAAUUUUGCUGUUGUUUUUAUUUUUUAUUGUAAUUUAACCACUGAAUAUUGACCACUAGUUCUGUUUACACCCAGAUCUGUCGUGUUUCUAGAUGAUUGUACACGACAAAUGUAAAACGGUGUGCUACACCCUGAGGAAUUCUGUUUGAUACUUGAGAUGACACAUUCCUGUAUGGCCACAGCUCACUCUGCUUCACAAACAUUUGUUCAACUUUAAAAAACUUGAUUUGCCUGUUGAAGAAAGAAGCAAUAAGAUGUAAGUAGACCUGUAAGAAAGACAGAAAAGUCUGUGUUGAUCAGAUGGUCCCCAGGAUUAAUCAGACCUGUUACAGUGGCUGGGAUAAGCUUAUCUGUACAAAUGUUGCAGCAUAAAUAAAGAUUACAGUAUUUC